GGACUCCCACGAAGCAAUGGUGGAAAAACCCAAGGGCAAGGCUGCACCUGCGCCUGCAGCUGCGGCUCCGGCUCCACCGCCUCCACCUCCAGCCGCCGGAGCCAACCCCCCGGAAAAGCAGCCGGGUGAGGGUGAUGAAGGCACCAAACAAAAAACGAAGUCAGUGCAGCCCAAGGAUGAAGUAGGCACAAGGAAGGGAUGUCGUCGCUACCGGUGGCAGUUCAAGGACAGUAAUAAAGAGUUCUGGACCAUGGGGCACGCCGAGGUCAAGAUCCUGAGUUUGGGCUGCCUGAUAGCGUCCCUGGUAUCGUUCUCUUCAAUGCCGGUGCACCCCUUCUUGCCGCUCAUCAUCACCAUGGAAAUAUGCCUCUUCAGCUUCUUCAUUAUCAUCUACACCUUUGCCAUCAAUAGAUACAUGCCCUUCAUCCUGUGGCCCAUUUCUGACCUCCUCAACGACGUGUUCUCCUUUUGCUUCCUCAUGGGAGCCGUGGUGUUUGCCGUGAGAAUCCAGUCGUCCCUGCCCAUGCCCUAUUUAAUUGGUCUGGUCCUUAUGAGUGUGGCUGGAUUUUUUGCUUUAAUUGAUAUAUGCUUGCAAAGAAACCACUUCAGAGGCAAGAGGGUCCAAAAGAAUAUGUUCCUUCCUCCUUCAGCAAAGGAAAAGGCCCCUGAGGCAGCUAAGGCACCAGAAGCAGCCAAGCCACCCGCAGGAGCACCAGCCCCAGCAGCCCCAGCCAAAGGAAAGGGGACGUGAUUGGAGGAGGCUCCCAUCAUCAGAAAUGGCAGCGUAUUUUCCAGCAAACCGCUACCUGCCCUGUCUCCUUUCCAGAAUGGUUUUCUUUUCCAUUUUAGUAACCAUCUGUGCUUGGAAAAGAAAUGUCUCUUUAAAUCAAUUUUAAAGGUGAAA